AUGGCUGCCGGUGGAAUCAAGGAUAAAGAAUCUCCGAUAAAACUACGCAAACCCUUCACAGGUAGAAUACCACCAAGUCCUCUCGGUGCUACACCAAGACCCCAUCUUCCACAGGUUUACAAUCGCCGGUAUACCGGGACAUUCGUGUCCGAGUAUGCAUUAAAUGACUGUGACAAUAAAUUUACCCAGCUACGAGAAAAGAGUGAGCCAGAAAGUCACAGUAGUACUAGAUCAUUCAUCAUACUCGGAUUCAUCUUUAUUGCCUCCCUUCUUGCUCUGGGAAUUGUUUACCUCAAAUUCCCAAAGCUUGCUGAGGAUGAAAAACAGUUUAUCAAACUUCCUAGAAAUAUAGAUGAUGCCAAGAACCUUGGCAAAGUGUUGUCUCGUUAUAAAGAGGACCAUUAUUACCAGGUGUUGGGAGCAUAUUUUAUUGUAUAUGUAUUUUUACAGUCCUUUGCUAUACCUGGCUCCAUAUUCCUCAGUAUAUUGUCAGGUUUCCUGUUUUCAUUUUCUAUAGCACUGUUCCUUGUAUGUUUGUGUUCAGCUUUAGGUGCCUCCUUUUGCUAUCUAUUGUCCUAUUUAGUUGGACGACGACUUGUACAGAAAUACUUUCCUGAGAGAGUAGCUGAAUGGCAAUCUCAUGUGAAUAGACAUAGAGAACAUUUAUUGAACUACAUCAUUUUUCUGAGAAUCACACCAUUUUUGCCAAAUUGGUUCAUCAACAUCACUUCACCAGUGAUCAACGUUCCUCUUUUACCAUUCUUCUUUGGAACAUUUUUUGGAGUGGCACCUCCAUCCUUUGUUGCAAUCCAGGCAGGGACAACAUUACAAAAACUGACGUCUUCAGGGGAUGCAGUCUCCUGGUCUUCACUCAUUGUCCUCACACUGUUUGCUUGUCUUUCUCUCCUUCCUGUUUUCCUGAAAAACAAACUUAAGGCCAAGUUUGAUUGAUAAUUACUGUAAUUUAGAUCCUGUUGUAUUUAUAAUGCAUAAUGUCAAAUUUUUGUACAAUGACUUGAACAGAUAGUGGUAUACAUUAUUUAAUCAUAUUGGUGAUAACUCUCAUGCCACCUCCUAGGUAUAUGUAUUCUAUAGGUAGUGAAUGAAUUGAAAAUUAUCAUUUCCCGAGUGACAGACCUUCCUAGUUAUAUCUGUUGUGUUUGCCUAACCAUCCCCUAAAAUUUUGGAUAUGACAUUUUUAUCACCUCUUUUCCUAAUACAUAUACAACAAACAUAUCUUUCCAGUCUAAAAAUAUGAUGAUAAUAUUGGGGAUUCAUUGUCAUCACUUUGAAUAACGAAAAUGACUGGACUGGACAUUGUCCAGCUCAUCAGCAUUAAUUUUUGAAAUGCUUAUUUGUUCAACCCCAUUAUUGAAGGAUAUUAUACUGACUUCAAUGUAUUACAUGUGGUGAAAUCUUUACUAUUAAAAAU